UCAGCGCUCACCUCGUUCAAAUCGUUCUCAUUGUUCACAUUGUUCACCUCGUUCGACUCGUAUAUACGUUCAAAAUGUUCCACCGAACUGUCGGCACCGGAACACACACUCACGCAAUGAAUAAGACACAGAAGACCUCAACGAAGGUGAAGCGGGGCAAGCAGCGCCAGACCACGCACACAACUGGCACUCACCACUCACCGCGGCACACACAUGCCAAGGCCCGGCAGAACCUCGUGGAGGCCGAGAUGGAGAAGUCUCGCAGGGCCGUCGAGCACAAACUGAUUAGUCUUUCGGGACCCAAUCAGGCCAUAGUCCUGCCUCGUCCUGGCAAGCGGGCCACGAAGGGAACUGCUUCAGGAGCUGGAGUUGGAGAUGCAGCAACCGUUGGUGGAGGCGGCGGAGCCAGUGUCCAGCGGCGCAGGCAAGGCAAGAAGCAAGAGGCUACCAAACCACACCUACUGGUGUCGGAUGAGAUGCCGGAGCAGGAGAAGCUUUACAAAGUUGAAAGCCGAACGCGCGGGGGCUACAAUGUUCUCCUGGAGUCACCCCGCCGGAAUGGGCUCACUCCCCGCGACUUUGCAGCCGAGGCCGAGCUGGCUGCCCUGAUGGCAGCCGCACAACGCAGUGGAACCGGUGGAUCUAACUCCAAGCUGGGCUACCGUAUGCACGAGAAGACCGGUGAUGGGGACGCCGAAGACAUUGGGCAUCUGAUGCCAUUAUCCGCCUACGGACAGCUGGGUGUCCUGCCGCGCUACAAGUGCACCGAGUGCGGGGCCAGGUUCCAUGUCCGCUCGCUGCUGGGCGCCCACCGUCGCACCCACGAAGAUGACUUCAAGGUGCGCUUCUGUAAUCGCUGUCCAAAGGGCAGCAGCACCACGCUGACCACCAGCAAUCAGUGCAAGUUCUGUGACCGCAAAUUCGACCUGGUUCGCACACUCCACAUCCACCAGCUAACCCACUGCAAGAAGAUACCGCCCCAGCUGCGCCGCAAGCUGUGCUACACGGAGUUGGCCCACGAGAAGAAGGCCCCACUGCCCAGCUUCCAGCGAAGCGGUCACCAUAGCCAGCCCAGCCAAGAUAGCCAUCAUAGUCACCGUUCGCAGCACCGUCAACAGAGCAAGCCCUCGAUUGCCACCCAUCAGUAUCCGCUGAGGGAGCAGCCCGAGGAGAUGACCAAGGCCAUCUUUCGGUCUUCGGCGCUACACGAACGUUGGCGCUAGUACCAGACAUUGUUAAGACCAAUGCUUGCUUUCCAGAACCCAGAAGAAAAACACUACAGAAUUAUGAAAACACAUCAUUUUAGGGAAAUACGAACGAGGUCGACAUGAACGAGAAGCAAAAACAAGUCCUUCGCUAGUGUAACCAUUUAGGCGUUGAACAGUCACAUUCAAAUUAAAUACAAAUUAAAAGUCCCCCAAAUAGUGACAGUACGUAUUAUUAGGAAAUUAUGUGCAUUUUUUUAUUACAAGUAAAAACUAACAUUUUAAGGGAAUUUUAAAAAUUUAAUAUAUUUGUAAUUACCAACUCUUUUGCAUAAAUGUAAAGGUAAGCCUCUGAUCUUUUGAUCUUGAGAACUUCCAAACAAAGCUUA